UUGGGUGUACGCCAGGUGUACGCUGGAAAUUUGGUGUACGUACUUUUGAUAAAUGAGGGCCAUUGUCCUCAACAAUUCUCUGGGAAAAUAUGGAAUUCAUGGUUGACUCAAUGAAGGGCAAUUGGCCAGAACCCGAGGCAGCAAAGCAGCCCCAAACCCUAAUGCCACCGCCACCACCGCACAUCCAAAUGAUUAAGACCAAACCAGAAGUGUCUAAUUCUUAUGGGAGCCCCUCCCAAGUUACUCUCUAAUGAUUUUUCUAAUCAUUGUAUGGUGCCCCUGAUUCAAAGUUUAGCCAUUUUAGGUCAUGGUGAAGGUAGGGGUAUACAACAUUUUCCGGGAAAAUGGAAAUGCAUUUCUAUUAUACAUACCCACUGAGUCAGUUGUUGUGUGGCACGUUAGGGGUGUUGCGUUGUGCCCUGUACAAUGAGCUAAGGAGAGACGUCCAGGCUUAGGGUGCAUGGUGAUGGGAGCGGCAGGUUGUGCGUCAGUUGUCUUAUGUUCACUAGGGCGAAUGGACAUCCCAGUCGGUCUUAGGGACGUCGUGGCCUGCAUUUCAGUAGGUUUUGUAUUCCUGUUGGCGUUCCCGACGUGUGUAGGUGCUGAACUCCUGUGGGUGGCAGGGUGGGGGUAGGAAGGCACGUCAUUUGAAUACAGGGCGCUCCAGUUGCCUGGCUACCGGCGGGGGCUACACGGACGCCCCUCUGUCUCCCCCACACACGCGACUAGGCUACACCAGUCAAUGAGUAGACACACACACACACACACACUACUCCUCUUCCCUCUCCUCCUCUUCAACACACACAGAGGGUUUCUCUCUCCAAUCGCCGGGCUCCGUCUUUCGUUGUGGCAACAGCAACCAGACUUCAACCCUGUUAGAUCAGCUACAGUAUCCUGUCCAGGCGUUAGCUAUACGCUAUCUCCCUUUCCUGGGGCAGAUAACCUUGCCUUGUCAAUCCGUUUUGGAGAGACUACAGGGAGAAGGUAUCCUGGAAAAUGGACUCAGUCGAUCUGGAGUGGUUCACUAAGAACGAGGCCGAUGCGAAGAUAAAAAUGUCCCAGGUGAAACAAGUGGGCCUGCUGGCUGCCGGGUGCCAGCCCUGGAACAAAGAUGUGUGUGCUGCCAGUGGAGACAGGUUCGCAUACUGUGCAACCCUCGCUAUAUAUGUUUACCAGUUGGACCACAGAUACAAUGAGUUUAAAUUGCGAGCCAUCAUGUCCGAGCACAAGAAGACCAUCACAGCCAUCUCCUGGUGCCCACACAACCCAGAGGUGUUUGCCAGCGCCAGCGCGGACAACCUGCUCAUCAUCUGGAAUGUGGCUGAGCAGAAAGCUGUGGCCAGGCUGGACAACACCAAAGGCACCCCAGCAUCUCUGAGCUGGUGCUGGAAUGCGGGUGACAGCGUGGCCUUCCUGUCUCAUCGGGGUCCUCUCUACCUCUGGGCCAUCAGCGGGCCCGACGCCGGGGUCACCGUCCACAAGGAGGCACACAGCUUCCUGUCCGACAUCUGCCUGUUCCGCUGGCACCCGGUCAAGAAGGGAAAGGUGGUGUUCGGACACACGGACGGCAGCCUCUCCAUCUUCCAGCCAGGAUCUAAAAACCAGAAGCAUGUGUUGCGCCCCGAGUCUUUAGAGGGGACCGACGAGGAGGACCCAGUCACAGCUUUGGAAUGGGACCCCCUGUCUACAGACUACCUCCUAGUGGCCAACCUGCAUAACGGCAUUCGUCUGGUGGACUCAGAGGGGCUCGCCUGCAUCACGACGUUCAGCUUCCCCAGUUCGGCCGCCUCGGUCCAGUGUCUGGCUUGGGUCCCCAGCGCCCCAGGGAUGUUCAUUACUGGAGACUCUCAAGUGGGGGUGCUGCGGAUAUGGAAUGUGUCCAGAUCUACACCACUGGACAAUUUCAAACUGAAGAAGACAGGCUUCCACGCAUUACAUGUGUUGAACUCCCCCCCGGCCAACAAAUCUUUGAGCGCCAUCUCCCCUACGAAGAACCACUACACGUCGUCCACCAGCGAGGCCGUUCCUCCUCCCACCCUGUCCCAGAACCAGGCCUUCUCCCUCCCGCCGGGCCACGCCGUCUGCUGCUUCAUGGACGGAGGGGUGGGCCUCUACGACAUGGGGGCCAAGAAGUGGGACUUCCUGCGGGACCUGGGCCACGUGGAGACCAUUUUCGACUGUAAGUUCAAGCCAGAUGACCCCAACCUGCUGGCGACAGCUUCCUUCGACGGCACCAUCAAGGUGUGGGAUAUCAACACCCUCACCGCGGUGUACACAUCCCCAGGGAACGAAGGUGUCGUGUACUCCCUGUCUUGGGCUCCUGGAGACCUGAACUGUAUAGCUGGAGCCACUUCCCGGAACGGUGCAUUCAUCUGGGACGUGAAGAAAGGCAAGAUGAUCACGCGAUUCAACGAGCACGGUAAGAACGGGAUCUUCUGUAUUGCGUGGAGCCAUAAAGACUCCAAACGAAUAGCCACGUGCAGUGGAGACGGCUUCUGUAUCAUAAGGACCAUUGACGGCAAGGUCUUACACAGAUACAAACACCCUGCAGCUGUGUUCGGCUGUGACUGGAGCCAGAAUAACAAAGACAUGAUAGCCACCGGUUGUGAGGACAAGAACGUGCGCGUUUAUUACCUGGCGACCAGUUCGGACCAGCCCCUCAAGGUGUUCACUGGUCACCUGGCCAAGGUGUUUCACGUGCGCUGGUCUCCACUGCGCGAGGGCAUCCUGUGCAGUGGCUCCGACGACGGGACGGUGCGUAUUUGGGACUACACGCAGGACGCCUGCAUCAAUGUUCUGAGUGGUCACGCGGCGCCGGUCCGGGGCCUGAUGUGGAACACGGAGGUGCCCUACCUGCUGACCAGCGGCAGCUGGGACUACACCAUCAAGGUGUGGGACACCAGGGACGGCACGUGCCUGGACACCGUCUACGACCACGGCGCUGACGUUUACGGCCUGACCUGUCACCCCAGCCGUCCCUUCACCAUGGCCUCCUGCUCCAGGGAUUCUACAGUCCGGCUCUGGUCGCUGACCCCUCUCAUCGCCCCGCUCCUCAUCCACAUCCUGGCUGACCACAGCUGGGAUGAUGUCAUCGGGAACACGGACAGGGCCAUGGGGGCUGGAGCCACUCCAUUGCUCUGUGGGAAGGUGUCCAGGGACAUCAAACAGGAGCUGGAUAAACUCUCCAGUGAAGUACGGCUGAAGAAACUCAGGUGGUUCUCUGAAUGCUUUUCUCCACCAGGAGGCAGUCAUAACUUGUGGGACCUGGUGUCAGUUAUCAACGGGCAGGAUGACAGUCUGCUUCCUUCGAGCUAUGGAAAGGGCAUUAUGCACAUGAAACACCUGGUCCGCUUUAAAACUUCUGAGGCCCAGGAGUUGACCAUGGUGAAGAUGUCUAAGUUUGGAGGAGGCAUCGGAGCUCCCAGUAAGGAGGAGAGACUGAGGGAGGCAGCCGACAUUCACCUGAGACUGGGACAGAUCCAGAGAUACUGUGAACUCAUGGUGGAACUGGGAGAGUGGGACAAGGCGUUGUCAGUUGCCCCAGGUGUGUCCAUGAAAUAUUGGAAGAAACUAAUGCAGCGGAGAGCUGACCAACUUAUGCAGGAGGAGAACCACGACGUCAUCCCCUACUGCAUCGCCACGGGAGACGUCAGGAAGCUGGUGAGCUUCUUCACAUCCAGGGGUCAACUGAACGAGGCCCUGCUCGUGGCUCAGGGAGCUUGCGAAGGCAACAUCCACGUGCCUCAGAUGUCCGUAAUCAACCACUCCGCCGCUACCGCUAGCGAUGACAUUGAGACAUUUAAAGGGCUGCUGCAGUGUGUGUGCAAGGAGCUAGCCGAGUGGUAUUUCCAAGAUGGCCGAGCCGUGUUGGCGGCGUGCUGUCACCUGGCUGUGGACAACACUGAGCUAGCCAUGGCCAGUCUGAUCCGCGGUAAUGAGUUGGAGUUGGCUGUGUGUGUAGGGCUGGUGUUGGGGGAAACAGCCAGCCUGUUCACUCACUACGUCCUGGAACUACUAGCCAGGAAGUACAUGACGGCACCCACCUGCUUUCCAUCUGUUGGAAGCAGGGAUCUGGCAGCUGAUCUUCUCCAGAUGAUUCCUGACAAUGAGGUGUUGUUAGCCAAGCUAUGUGCCUUCUACCCCGGGAGCUCUGCUGAGAUUGACCACAUCCAUGAAAAGUGUGGCCUGCCGAGUCUGAAGGAGUGUCAGUCAUUGGCCGAGUCAGCUGUCAGCGAAGGGGACAUCUUCAGUGCCGUCAAGUACCAUCUACUAAGUCCAGAACCCGAGGCAGCCCUCCCAAUUGGUAUCGCGCAUGUCAAAAAUCAGCUGAGCGAUUCUGACUGGACCGUGGAGUCUGUCCAUCCCGUCCUGGAUCUUCUGAGCUACAUCAGAACAGACCGGCUUACUCUCGCAAAGUGCACAGAAGAACGAAGUGAGCUGCUCAUUCUCUGCGGUUACGUCGGCGCCUUGCUAGCCGUGAGGCGGCGGUACUGCAGCGUUGUCCCGGCGCUUUACGAGUACACCAGUCAACUGAUGAAGAGGCGGGAGGUGUCCGUGCCGCUGAAGAUCGACCAGCUGUCCGUGGAGCUGGAGGCGUGGACGGCCUGCACACAGUCUCUCACAAACCCCGGAGGUCCUCACGAAGCCCCCUACUCGCCCCCGUCCGAGGCCCAGAAGGAGGAGUACGCCCGUCUGCUGGACCGGCUCAGCGAGGAACCGCUCCGGGGCCUGGAGGGUCCCGACUACGUUACCGGUUCCAACCUGCCCAGCCACUCCGACGUCCAGAUGUCCUGCUUUACCGGACUUAGGAUCCAGGGCCCUGUGUUUUUCCUUGAGGACGGUAAAUCUGCAAUAUCACUGAACGACGCACUUAUGUGGGCCAAAGUGAACCCGUUCUCUCCUCUGGGAACCGGUGUCCGUCUCAACCCCUUCUAAGGGCCAUUAGGCUAAUGUCCAAAUUCAAUUGGUCAGCCUUUGAGGCUGAGGUCACAUGACGGCAAAAGGUCGGGUCUGAGAAAGGUCUGCUCUGCCUGAGAAUGAAGAAAGAAGGGAUGGCUUUUCCCACGAUUAAAAGAGAUGGAAGGGGAAAAAAAGAGACGGAGAUGCUUCGAAUGAGUUUUCUAUCCACAUGGUGCUUUUACUGUGUGGCCUCCAACAUGUGCAGCACAAUUCAUCCAGUUGUUAGUGUUCCAGCGAUUCUUAUUAAAUGUGAUUGAGAGGUUGAUGAUUAAGAGGGAAUGCAUGGUUGAAAUGGGUUCGCGUACUGACAUGGACGUGGGACCCUGUCUGAUUUUAGACACUCCUUAACAUGCACAAAAGAAUACAAACUAUGUAAGACCAUUCCAGCCACCCAAAGAGAGAGAAAAAAAGCAUACUUAAUCAACAUUUUGAUACAUGUAAGUCCAAAUCGUGAGAUGGUACAACAUACAUUUUGUACAUUUAUGUUUUGUAUUUUGUAUGCGUAGGGAUACGUUGCGAUUUCCGUCUAUCCAUUUUAUGGGAUCCUGUGGGAUCGGUUUGAUGAAAAUAACAACGAGACACAGUAGUACUUUGUUUAGACUCAUAACCUCGUGAUUUGUUUACUUGUUAAUCUGCGCUUCAGUCUGAUCAACUGUAGUCUACUGACAACAACCCAAGUCGCAAACUGCCUAAAAAAAAGAAAGGCUAUGCACUCGGAUUCCAUCUGGGCCAAGAGAAGCCAGCAUGUACCAUCAUGUGCUGUCACACUCCAGUCCCCUUAUCAGCCCAUUGAACCCCUGAGGGCGGUUCUCCUCGUGUUCUUUAUUGACUGGGAUGGGGAUUGGUGUGGAGCGGUAUGUGUCCUGUCCCGGAACAUCUCAGCUUCACACCAACUAGUUGAAUGCGCUACAUGAAGUUUGCAGUUGUGUUUAAAAUGCAACAUUUUGCACAAAACUUGUAAGUUUAGUGAGUUUACAGUAUUUCUGCACAUUGCUUUCUAACAAUGUGUGUAACUCGCGGGGAAAAUUCUUACAAUGGUAGAAGGAAGUCUGGAAGAUAUGUAAUUAAAGCUUAAAGAAGUUUUUUUCUCUUAGUUUGGUUUUAAAAUAUAAGCCCCAGGACAACAAUCCACCCCAUCAACUAUGGGACUCGUGAUGCCACCUCAAAUCAACACAUUAGGAAAAUAAAAGUCCCAUUUGUAGGUGAAAAUGUGGAGCUACAAUUUUGGCUAAUUGCAAAUAUUCAUGCAUAUCAUCAAUAAAAAAUACUGUUCACUGUCAAAUGUUUUAAAUAGAAGUGACAUUUGGUAAAAUUGUAUUUGGCUUGGUGGGAUUGAGCUUCAACAUGCAUAACAUUCUUAUGGUCACGGUCAUGGCACCUUAACUGUUGCGUCUCUGUUGUACUGCUGUUGGUUAAACGCUUGUCAAUGUUACUUCGUCAAUUCUGUCCGUCGCAGAAAUCGGUCACACAUACGUCUGGUUCUGGAACAAAUCUCGUGAUGACAUUAAUGGUAGUGGGAUGAAAAAAAAAGAGAAACAAAUGCAGCAAAACGUGCCCAUAUGAGCCAUCCAACUACGGGCAGUACCUGCUGCUCUCUCAUUUAUGACAGCAUCAAUCAAAUCAUUUACGUAGGACCUGAUUGCCUUUUUUUGGGUUGAAACAUCUAAACAGUGUCAUGUCUCUACGGUAACGUCCUGUGUUUGACUGUGAAUGUACACAAUUUCUGCUGGACCAAAAAUAGGGGUUUGGUCGUGUAAAGUUUUCUUUUCAUGAACAUGUUGUUGUAAUGUAGAUAACUCUAUUAUUCCUAUUGAGCUGUGCAGUGUUGCCAUAUCAGGGAUAAUAGUUGCUAGCUAGAUGGAGGAGUGGUGGCAGGUACUGGAAAGGUAUGGACUUUUGCUAUAGCUCUUACUAGGUAUGUUGGAUUCCCCCCUCAAUGCUCACCUGUCCACCCCCUUGCUGAGUGGUAUUCUAGCACACCCAGGUGGGGGCCACAGAUUUGUGGUGGAUGAGGUGAGUUUCCCCGUGACUAUUUGAAGUGCUUUCGGUACUCCUCAGUUGGCAGAAUAGCGUUGUAUAAAUCUAAGUCAUUGGUUAUUGAUCAUCAUGCAUUAUUAAUGAGCUAGGCUACUGUAUGGAAUUCACUAUUACAGUACCGUUUCAGCAGUCAUGAUGACAUGAUUAAAAUCUAUUUAAAAAAAAAAGAAAGCUCAGAUGAAAGGCAAUGGAUGAUGAAAUUGCUUUUGAAAGACCUUGACUUACAGACUUUAUUAACAAAUUAAUUAAAAAUCUGAAGGUUGUGCCUUAAGGAAGUAGAACGUUGUGUCUUUAUCAUUGCAAACAUUGGAAAGUAAAUUAUUGUUUAGAGGAGUGGUUCUUCUUCCUCAUGCUUUAUCAGUUUCAAGUGUUCAACUCUUUUAUAUUCAUUUAUUAAUUUUGUAUUUCCUCAAAGGUCAAUGUUAGAGUUGAAUUAUCUUCCUAUGCAUUUAUUGUUUUAUCUAUGUAUUGUUUGCUUAUUGUCAUAUGUACAGUUUCUCAUUGCGGUUGAAAUGUGCUCAUGAAAAUAUAAAAAAAUCUCAAUUUUGUAAUAUAAAGAAGCUUAACGUGUAAAAUUUCUAAGCAGAAAAUGUUAGGGAAAAGAGUUGAAGUGAUUAAAGCAAAAACUAAAUGA